AGCUCAUGUCGUUCAACUUCCUAAAGAACAUUAUGAAGUUAUUUGUAGCAGUCGUCGCUGCUCUGGUUGUCGUGGCAACAGCAGCACCAAAAAAACCUAACUUUGGUCUGUUGUCAGACGCAGAGAUUGAUUAUAUCAAUAAAGCGGCAAAAACAUGGAAGGCUCAACGAAAUUUUGCUGAAAAUAUUGACCGCAAAUAUAUCCACAAAUUGAUGGGUGUCCAUCCUGACUCUAAAAAAUACCACGAUAAACUUCCACAGAAAACACAUCAAGUAGCAGAUCUUCCCACCAAUUUUGAUGCUCGAGUUCAAUGGCCGAACUGUCCAACAUUGAAAGAAGUCCGAGACCAGGGAAGCUGUGGAUCCUGCUGGGCAUUUGGAGCAGUGGAAGCCAUGUCCGAUAGAAUCUGUAUCUCUUCCAACGGAACCAAAAAUCGUCACAUUUCUGCCGAAAACUUGAUGACAUGCUGCCAUCUAUGUGGUUUUGGAUGUAAUGGUGGAUUCCCUGCUGCUGCUUGGGAUUUCUUUAAAACUGAAGGAAUCGUCACUGGAGGCCAGUACAACUCUCACCAGGGAUGUCAACCAUAUGAAAUUAAAUCUUGUGAUCACCAUGUUGUCGGCCAUCUUGCUCCAUGUUCCGGAGAAGGAAAAACACCCAGAUGUUCCCACAAAUGUGAGGCCAACUAUAACGGUACAUAUUCUGCAGACAAAGUCAGAGGUAAAUCUUCCUAUAGAGUAGAGUCUGUUCAAGAUGUCAUGGCUGAAUUAGUAAAUAAUGGACCAGUUGAAGCUGCUUAUACUGUUUACGCCGAUUUCUUAAACUAUAAAUCAGGCGUCUAUCAACAUACUAGUGGUGCAGCUCUCGGAGGACAUGCCGUAAAGAUCCUGGGAUAUGGUGUAGAAGAUGGUACUGAUUAUUGGCUCGUUGCCAAUUCCUGGAACUCAGACUGGGGAGACAAAGGUUUCUUCAAGAUUCGAAGAGGAACUGACGAAUGUGGUAUCGAAAGUCAAAUUGUGGCUGGAGAACCAAACAUUAAUUAAACAGUCUACUCAACUACCCGUCUCAAAAUCCUACUGCAGAAAACUUAUACAACGAUAAUCAAAAACAAACCCACAAAUUUGAUUCAUUUCCUAAAGUGGUCUCAAGUUGACACACCUAGUCAAAAAGUAGCAUCAGGUGUCCCAACAUUAUAGUGCAAAGAGCUCAAAUUCAAUUUUAAUACGUUUUAAAAUUCAGCCAAUUAUUGUAGAGAAAUUUUGAACCAGAAUUGAAUUCUAGUUAUUUGAUUGGAUGAAAGUUCAUUUAGAGUCUACAUGCUCAGUCAAAAGUUAUAUAUUUUUAACCAAACUAUUUUACUAAUUUUUCUGUACUUAUUUUUAAUGGUGUAAAUAUUUGUCAUUUUUUAAAGUGUUCAAACAUUCUUAAAGCUGACAUUUUGAUUAAUAAAGCUUAUUUUUUUAA